GUGGACUCACAAUGUGGUAAAAUGGAUUACAUCCGCGAAUUCGACAUCAAACUAGACAAAGAGUAUUACUACGCUGGCGAGAACAUCAACGGUGUUGUGAUCCUAGACACCGUCGAGAAUUUCAAAUUGCGAACGAUUCGCAUCCUUUUGCGGGGGAAAGCCCACGCGGAAUGGAAGGUUCUGCUGUCGGGGGACCGCCGCACGGUCAAAGACGACCAGUACUUCAUCGACGAACGCCAAGUCAUCUGGGGGGAGAAAAACCUAGAGACCACCAUCCCGAUCCUCCCCAGAGGCCUCCACAAGUUCCCUUUCCGCUUCUCCCUGCCCGAAUCGAGUCUUCCGUGCUCCUUCGAAAGCAAACCGUGCUGCAUCAGGUAUUACUUCAAAGUCACUAUCGAUAUCCCGUACGCGAGCCCCCCACAGGGCAUGAAGUACUUCACAGUGAUCGGCCCCCACAUCGACUGCAUGGACGAGCAAUAUUUGAAACCGCUGGUUUACGAAGACAGAAAAAGCACCUGCUGUUGGUGCUGCAAAAAGGGCACCAUCAGUCUAAGAUGCGUGUUGGAGCGCUCAGCCUAUGUUUGCAAAGAAAGUGUAAAACUGAAAGCAACAAUCGACAAUCAGAGCGACGAUGAGGUCAGAUUACGGGUCAGGUUGGAGCAGUGUUGUGAAUUUUUUAUCGAUAGAGGAGUGUUGGGUGUCAGUAAAGAUUUGAAACAUCUCGUUUUUGAGUACAGGGGGAGCAAUGUAAAGCCACACUCGAGGAGCAAGUGGGACAGUGCCAAUAGCCUUGUUUUACCUCCGAUGCCUACGACGCUUGUUGGAAUUUGUAGACUAGUACAAAUUUACUACGUGCUUUCCGUAAGUUUAGACAGUGAUAAAGACGUAGAUAUAGUCCAGGUCAGUUUCCCGAUAACUAUAGCUACUGUCCCUUUUCGAAUACCCAACACAAACACGACACCGGCUAUACAAUACGAACAUGCUUGUUCCCACGUCGAAGGCGGGCAAUACAUAGGGCCGGAGUUUCUCCUUGGCCAAGUCUACGACGGAAACGAACACCACAUUAGAGAGCCUAUCGUACUGUACAAACCUUUAUAUGUAACUGUAGACAAGUCUGAGACGAAUUAAGGCAAUAAUAUUGACUUUUAUUUGAAGCAGGGUACGAUAAAAUAUCACUCGAUUUGUUUUAAUCACCUCAAGACUGAUGACAGAAACACGAGUAGUCAAUUUUUUUCAUUUUUUCUACCCUGAAUAUAAGGAACUAGUUAAAUGUGAUUGUUGAUCCGGAGCAGAUUUAGCCUAAUAUACGAAACGACCUCAGUAUUAAUCUUCCAACUGUGUCAAACAAAGCACCAAGAAAAAGUUGAAUAUAUUUAGAACACGAUUUAAAUGUCACAAUGUUUUAGGUGUUUAAUCCCAUGUGUUGUUCAUUUGCUCAAAUUACAUUUAAAUGUUGUUCAUUUCUGACUGUAUUACUUACUGUUGAGAAAAAUGUGUACUUUAGUACAAAAAUGAUAUAAUUUAUAUUUAUAUAUAACUGUUAUUUGUUGUACAAAUAUCUCAAUAAAUGUUUAUCAAUGA